AUGUCACAAACUCCGGAUCAUGAUCUUCAUUACAGUGAAGGAGAUACAAACAAGAGCAUCGAGAGAGAUGACUCCGAUGGUUCUCUACGUUGUCCACUUUUCGUACAGGAUACCACUGAUUUGAUCGAUGAAGAUGGGAAUACGUGGGUCGGUUGGGUUGAUGAUGAAGAAUGGGAGAAAGAACAGACAGCCCGUCGAAAUGCUCUUCGGACCUCUCGCUUUGCUAGUUCGCUAGCCGCUCUCUUCGAGUCUUCCAAGGAUAUUCCAAUAGUAACAGAUACUCUGGUUGCCAUGCCGUCUGAGACAGCGACCGCCGAUAUAGCUUCAGUGCCAUCGACUAGCAUUUUAACAUCUAUAAAUAUUCCUUUCACCGAGGAAAACUUUCAUUCACAAGCUGUAUUGGAUCCAGAGCCAGAUACUUUUAAUCCAGUGGUAUCUAGUGGCGAGGAACAUCCGCGUCCUUUGUCAGAGACAUUUUUCUUUGGGGGCUAUAACUACAAUACUGCGGUCGAGGAUCAUCAACAUAAUCUUGAAGACGAGGAUGAAGAUGACGACGAAGAAGAGAGUGAUAGUGACGACGACAGCAACGACGACAGCGACAACCACAGCGACAACCACAGCGAUAAUAGUCUCGAUAGUGAUACUGAGAGUGGGGACUACGAUGAUAGUGGAGACGAGUGUAAUCUUCAUUCCGAGCCGGGGGAUAAUGAGGAAAGUCUAAACACGGACAAAGUAGGGGCUACUCCUAGUAUUCCUCUAAACAAUACACUCGCCAUUGCUUUCAAUCAGGGGUCUGUUGAGCAAUUUACUGAUACUGUAUGGGUCUUGAUCGGUAAAAUACUAUUCGCUAUCGGUGUUUGUGUGUGGUUGAUAGUUCCAGAAAAGUUAAAAGAUACAUUAAAAGCUCGUUAUGCUGAUUAUCUCGCUUCUGGAGCUGGCAGUCGAAGCACGGUCGUUGAGCAGGAGGCUCAUUCAGAAGAGGAUAAGAAUCAAAAUAGCUCAGAGAAUGAUGCGGCUGUUCCCCAUGAUGGACAUGGUAUGGACUAUUUGGAUUAUCUGGAGUGUAUGGAGUCUCCGGACUAUAUAAAUUACCUGGAUUGUAUGGACUCUCCAGACUAUGUAAACUACCUGGAUUAUCUAGACGACGUGGAUGAUGAUUCAUUCCAGGAGUCGGAAGAGGAAAUCUCCAGUUUUGCUAAAACAAUAUUAGCUGAACUUCAGUUUCGGACAUUUCAUAUUCUCUUUGAAAUGAAUGCUCCUGGUCAGGACUUUUGUAGUUGUAGGAAGGCCCACAAGGGUCAUAGUAACGUCCUGGUUCUUCUACCUGUAGAUAAUGACGGAGAAUAUGGAGAAGAAGAUGAAGAUGACGAUGAUGAAGAUGACGAUGAUGAAGAUGACGAUGAUGAAGAUGACGAUGAUAAAAAUGAUAAUGAUGGGGAUGAUGAAGAUGAUGAUGAUGGGGAUGAAGAAGAAGAUGAAGAUGAAGAAGAAGAUAAUGAUGGGGAUGAUGAAGACGAAGGAAGAGUAUCAUGGGUAUUAGAAAACUAUGAAGAUGACAACGAAGAUGCUAGUGGAGGCGAAGAAGAAUACAAAGACGACUACGCCGAAGAAGCCGAAGAAGCCGAAGAAGCCGAAGAAGAAGAAGAAGAAGAAGCAGAACAAGACCAAUCCCUCGCAGCCAGAUUCCACCGUAUCGUAAUCAAGGCAUGGGACUACCUAAUCGAAAAACUCGGAUCGGAAUGGGCCCUCGCGAACCGGAGCACCUGUUACCGCUACAUCAACAAAAUCUGGCGGCGAUGGGUCGUCCACGCGAGAAUUAACAGAGGGAGGGGAAAUAUCUGGGGAGUAGAGAUUCCGUAUCCGCCGGCGAGAUUUUUUACUUUCGUUGAAAAAUGUCCGCGGGAUCUAAGGAUUUCCAAAUAUUCGGGGAGACGAUCUGGUGGGAGAUUUGAGAGGUUUCGUCUUUUGUUUUAUAGAGGUUGA